AUGGCACUAAAACGAACGAACUUAAAGCUAGUAGAGCUGCUCCAGCCUGAAGAAGUAAAGGUGAACAGUGCACCCACUUCGGAUACAGCCUUUUCUGAAGAGGACUUCACUAGUGAUGAGGAGAAGUCUCAGGAGUAUAACAACAACCAUACAGAAAACAGGUGCCGCAUAUGCUAUCGGAUGUUGGGGCCAGACUCCAAUGACAAGGACCUCUGCGCCGAUGAAAACAACGUGCUUCUCUACUACAUAGAACUCAUCGCGGGAGUAAGGAUACAAAGAGAAGAUGGAAUGCCGAAUCGAAUUUGUAGCAACUGCCAUGGAAGUCUUCAAAAAGCAAUGGAAUUCCGAAGUAAUUGUCUAAAGACUGAAUUUAGACUGAAACAAGCUAAAGGAGAAACAUUCAGAUAUGAAUCUCAAUUAAGCGAUGAUGACAUUGAAACUGAACUGGAGAAUGUUCUUUAUGAAGAAUCCGCUCAAAACAUCUGCGAGUCGUCUGUUUUAGACGAGGGGUCUGGGUCAGACAUAGAUUUGUUCACAGAUGAAGAUGAAGAAGAGAAAGUUCAUGGGGCAGGGCCACGAGUUGUGAUGACGCGUUUCAAUAAGGCGAAAGUGCCGCCGGACGAGGAGGAGAAAAAUGGACGCUAUUUCUGCAGCGAGUGUCCAAAAAGUUAUACUUCCAGGUUUUCCCUAAAGGUGCACAAGAAUAGCCAUACCGGUGCAAAGCCGUUUAAAUGCAAUGUGUGUCAGCAGGCUUUCCGAGGGCCGGGCUUGUUGAGACGCCACAUGGAAAUCCAUAAAAAACUUCCAUUCCAUUGUGAAAUCUGCCUCAAGGGAUUUUUGCUUAAAUGCCAACUCAAGGAUCACAUGUUGGUGCACACGGGAAAGCGUUCUUUUUGGUGCGAGCUGUGUGAUGUGUACUACCGGUAUAGAUACAAUCUAACCAAGCAUCAGAAAAGCAGUUUGCACUUGGAUAAUUUGCUCAAACGUUCUGAAACUGAAUCUCAAGAUCUAUAAAAAAAAGGAUGAAUCUCAGCUGCAAUCUCAAAUAAUAGGAUUUACGUUAAAUGCACAAAGAAAAAGUGCCAAAGACAUAUAAGAGUUCAGAAUUCAUAGAUAAUAUUAUUACCACCUUUCAAGAAAGAUCUGGAAUUUUUCCAUUUAAUAUUAGCAUAAGUAAGAAAAGAUGGCCAUAUUAUACUUAAUUCUUUUAUUAGCGUACUUGUGUUUACAAUAAAAA